UAAAAAGCCCCACCAUCUAAACAAUGUGUUGAUAGUGGACCAGGAAAAGCUGGGAACACCACACACCUCUUCUCAGCUGACUGGAGUAAAGUGCAGGAUGGCAGAGUUGGGACUGUAUUCAUACCAACAGGAAGUGGUUGAAAGGGCUAUUAAGGGAGAGAACGUGAUUAUCUGGUUGCCGACCGGAGGUGGAAAGACCCGAGCUGCUGUGUAUGUGGCCAAGAGACACCUGGAAACCACACAGCAUGCCAAGGUGGUGGUCCUGGUCAACAAGGUUCACCUUGUAGACCAACAUUACACCAAAGAGUUCAAGCCUCAUCUGGGCUCCAACUACACCCUGGUGCCAGUGAGUGGAGAGAGCGAGUUGAAGGACCUCUUCGGAAAAGUGGUGCAGGACUCGGACGUGGUCAUCUGCACAGCGCAGAUCUUAUAUAACGCUCUGACCAACAGUGAGGAAACCAAACACGUUGAGCUCUCGGAUAUCACUCUACUUAUAUUUGAUGAGUGUCACCACACCCACAAGGGGGGGGUCUACAACCAGAUCAUGAAGUGCUACGUGGAGAAAAAGUUGAAAGGAGAGCGCCGGUUGCCGCAGAUCCUGGGUCUCACUGCAUCGCCGGGGACGGGGGGCGCUAGGAUCCUGGAGAAGGCUGUGGAGCACGUCCUGCAGAUUUGUGCCAACCUGGACUCAUCCAUAGUUUCAACCAGGCUCUAUGCCCCUGAGUUGAAGAAGAAGGUGCCUAGACCCAUCAAGACAUUUGACAUUGUCGAGACCAGGCCUGAGGAUCCGUUUGGGAAUCAUCUGAAGCGGAUGAUGCAGAUGAUCCAAGACUACAUGAACUUACCAACUUCAGACUUCAGACUGAGAGAGUGUGGCACGCAGGAGUAUGAGGCAGAUGUGGUGAUUUUAGAGCAGCGAGGGAUAAGAGAGGACAACAGACGGCUUGCACAAUGUGCUCUCCACCUCAGACAGUACAACGAUGCCCUGCUCAUCAACGACACCUUGCUUAUGAUGGAUGCUUACCGCAACCUGGAGGAGUUCUACAUCUCUAAGUCCACCAGAGCCAUUGACAAAACAGACUUCUUCCUGGUGGGAAUUUUCCAAGAUAAUCAGGCGGAUUUGAUGAAAGUUGCAAGAGAUUCUCGCUAUGAGAACCCAAAGAUGGCCAAACUUGAGAGCGUUCUGCUGAAACAGUUCAGUUCGGGUUUGCAGUCCAAGGGAAUCCUCUUCAGCAAAACACGUAAAAGCAUCCACUGCCUGAAUGAAUGGGUCCUCAACAACAGAGCCCUACAGGAAGCUGGCGUCAAGUCAGCCAUCCUGACUGGGGCUGGCAACGGCAUCACUUACAUGACACAGCACGAGCAGGCUGACACGAUCUGCCGUUUCCGCCAGGGCACUCUCAACCUGCUAAUCUCCACCAGCGUGGCUGAGGAGGGCCUUGACAUUCCUGAAUGCAACCUGGUGGUGCGCUACGGCCUGCUUACAAAUGAGAUCGCCCAGCAGCAGGCAAGCGGACGCGCCAGAGCACAAGACAGCCAGUAUUCAGUGGUCGCCUUGAAAGGGGGGCGAGAGGAGCGCAGAGAGAUCACCAACGAAUAUCUGGAGGAGCUGACAGCGAAAGCCAUCGCUCAGGUCCAAGAUAUGAGCAUCAGAGAGUUUCAAAGAAAGAUAACUGAAUUACAGACACAAGCAGUCAUUAAAAGUAGAAUUGAAGAGAGCUGCAAAAUGCAGAAGAGGAGUCGCUACACCGCUUCUAGUAUCCAGCUCCUGUGUCGAAACUGUUUCAAGUCUGUGGCCUCCGGCAGCGACAUUAAACUCAUCGACAAUGUGCACCAUGUCAAUGUCAAUCCUGCCUUUGAGAAACACUACAAAGUGGGAGGGCAGGUGAUUUUACCAAAGAUGUUUGACGACUGGGAGCCUGGGCGGAUUAUCAGCUGCAAUAACGGCAACUGCAACAAGGAAUGGGGAUUUGAGAUGAAGUACAAGGAGAUCGCCUUGCUGCCCAAUCUAGCCAUUAAGCAUUUGUUCCUGCAGACACCUGACGGCAGGAUGACUGUGAAGAAGUGGAAGGAUGUCCCUUUCACUGUGGACAACUUCAGCUUUGAAGAAUACUGCCAAGAUAACUUCCCUGACCUCUUAGACUGAGGAUCCAACAACAGAGCUCUGUGUUUCAUUUCUUACUGUACGUCCCUUUUUAUCUUUAUUUUUAUUCCAGUCUGUCUGUGUUUGCGAGUCAGAGAUCAUUUAGAGAAACCACCACUGUGCACUUUGAGAUGCUUUAUACAGGAACACAAGCUACUGUAAAAUGCACUCCACACGUGCUUGUACUUAUUUAUGCUGCAGGGCCAAUGAGGCAGCAGCAGUGUGCUAAAGCCCAUUACACAUCGAUCAUGCUUGAAAUUAGCAUGACAGCUUUGUUUAUGCCCACGGUCCUUGGUGGCUUUGCAUGGUUCUGUGUGUAUUUUCCGUGCUUCAUCUCAAGCGCAGAAACAAAAGCACAACACUUGACAUGACGAGUUGAAUGUGCUUCUUUUAAAUGCUUUUUAUUGGAAAUAAUUUUUUAUGCAGUAAUGUGUGUGAAAUAUGCAGCAGUGGGAUGAAACAAAGUACAUUUACUUUUUUCUGUACUCAAGUAAUUUUUUCAUGUAUCUGCACUUUACCUUUGAUUUACUUUAGUUGAUUUAUCUUUGGGUAUACUACACCUUUACUCAUCUACAUAUAUCAAAUAUGUCUACUCAACUACAGUACUUUGCAUAUCAUGUUACACUGUUUUUUUAAAAAUAUUUUCUAAAAGUAAUCAAUAGCUAGAGGGGGAAUAAUUAUCCAAUCCUGCAUCACUGGUGAAGAAAAGAAAACCUGAAAUGGAUUCCGAGGCAGUCACUGAGACUCAACAAUAAUGAUGUCGUAGACCUUUGUAUUAGGGAACUGAAUUACUUUUACUCGAAACGUUUAUGUCGUACUUUUACUUGAGUACAUUUUUGUUUAUUUAUUUGUACUUCAAUCAGAUGUUUGAGCACUUCCUCCACCACUGGUAAUAUGAUAAUAUAUCCAUAUGAAUGAUCUCACAUAACACAUGUAAUUAUUCUAAUGUUUUCAUUUGAGGUUAUUUUUAACAAUAUAACAAUAUUUUAACAAAAUUGAAAUACAGACUGUAGUAUUAGUUUAUUUCCUUAUUUCCAUGUUUUCCUCUUGAAGUGCUUAACAGAUUUUAAAUUAAUUUGCCUCUUUAAACCACUAGGUGUCACUGUUGGUUAGCCAAAUGCCCAAACAAAUUCACACACUUUUGUCAUCUACUUUUGUAACCUCCAAUAAAUUGUGUGAGUAAAACCGG